UCGCUCACUUGCCCACAGAUGCACACAAAUACCUGCGCCGCCACCACCUGCCUGCCCCCUCCGCGCCUCGCUCCGGGCCUGGCGACGCCUGGCACCGCCAUGGAACUGGUCUGCCCUGGAGGGUGCCAGCGCCCUGCAGUGCCAGAUCACAUCAGGCUGUAAGAUACCUGAGGACUGUUUGUUUGCAGACUGCUGGAAGACAGAGACAGAAUCACCUAUUGGAAGCUUCACCAAUUCCUGUUCAUUUGAGUAGCACUGAUGGAAUUAAUCCAGAGUAAUGCAUUCUGUGGAGUUCCUGUGAAGGUGAGAUCAGAAUCAGGUCCAUUGUCUCCAGGCUCAUCUGAAGACCAGGAGACUGAUUUGAAUUGGCAAGGCAACCCAAAUCCCAGUCCAUUGACUAGAGAUGAUGGAGAGCUGCUUAUGGAUGAACAUCUUUCCCCCAGGAAACUGAAAAUUUUGGCAGGGGUAGAUGAUCUGAAGCAAGUGAAGGUCCUAGAGAUGCGAGUAGACACCAGAGACGUCAGCUUGGGGAACUUUGGUGUGCAUCUGCCUAAUCUGAGAGAACUGAAGUUGAACAAUAGCUUGCUUGCAUCUGUGAGGGAUCUUGGAACCUCACUGUCCCAUCUCCGUAUCCUGUGGAUGGCUCGGUGUGGGCUCUCAGAUUUAGAUGGGAUCUCUUCCUGCAGCUCUCUAAAAGAACUCUACAUAGCUUACAACAAUAUCUCCGACCUGAGCCAGCUGACCUGGCUGGAUCACCUUGAGGUUUUGGACCUGGAAGGGAACAAUAUUGAGGACAUCAACCAGCUGCAGUUCCUACGACUUUGUUCCAAACUAAGCCACCUGACAGUGGAGGGCAACCUUAUUUGCCUGAAGCCAACUGCAGACUCUGCAGAGGACCCAGACUAUAACUACAGAGCAAAAGUAAAAAAACUCAUUCCCCACUUGAAGUAUUUGGACAGAAUACCAGCAAGCCAGACGGCUCUCCUUCCUUCCAAGAAGAUGCAUGAGGAUUCUCUAAUCAUCAAGGAAUCCAUCAAGGAAGGUGGUUUAGCCAAAGACAUUUCAUGGUUAGAUUCAUAUCUUGGGGAAGUAGCAAAGCAGUCUGGAUGCAGCCCAAAACCCCCAACAACUUCCAGAUCUGGAAAUGCAGAGUGUUCUGCUAAUGUAGGGACAUGUAGUGAUGCCAGCCUCUUGUCCGGUAGCUGUUCUCUUCCAGAUCCCACUGUUUUUCCUGAUAAGCUGUUCAUAGAAGAUGACUCCAGUGAUUUGACACAUGGUGUCCGUCAAAUUAUAUGUGGGAACCCUGCCAAGGCCCUCCAUGAGAGGAGGCAAAAGCUAGGUUCACCUGCUGUGAGCCCUUUGAAACAGUCUGGUCUGAUGACAGAAAACCUUUGUGGCUCUGAAGGAGGAAGAGAUCUGCAUGAGGAAAAGGUGUCCCCUGACCUGGGAGCACAGACGGAGCAGCACAAGGGGUGCCUGCAAGCAGGUCAGCAAGAACAAACCAGCCAAGCACUGAAGGAGAAUGAGGGUGAAGAUAAGGAUAAGGACUUCAUUGAAAGGGUUUCACUUGACCCUUCCUCCCACUCCUCCUCAGGUUUGUCACAGGCUCAGGAGGGUGCAGUGUUCUCCAAUACAAGACGCUAUCUAAUUCCAACCCCUCCAAAAAACCCUUCACCUGCCUCUGCAGUGGAUGUUGUGGCAAGACCGUGGAAAACAAGGAACCACAGGGGCCUAAAAAUACCCAGCCAAGAGGAGGCUAGGCAGGGUACACAGCAACCCCAGUCAAAGGCUCAUAAAGAGAAUUCAGCCCAGCCUCUGGACAAAGAACCUGCUCCCCUGGGUCCGCACAGCACACUGGCUGCCUCUGGAUCCCAAGAGCAGCACCAGUCUGUGGGCAGCACCAGCAAGCAAAGGCCCAUUGCAGGACCAGCAGGUGUUGGGUCAUCAAGGAUCAGGCCCAUCAUGGAUGAGAGCCCUUCUAAAGAGAUCAACCACCAGCGUCCAGCUGCCUGCUCAUCCACAAAAGCCUUGCAGAGGUUUAGGCCAAUGAAUUCUGCUUGGCCCCUGACUGCCAGGUCCAUUCUGCAGCCAUUGGCAGGCAAAUCCACUGCCACAAAAACAUCUCGGAACAGAAGUCUUCAGUCCUAGAAGAUACCCAGUUGCCAGCAUGUGUUGGAGCCAUGUAUAAAAUGCAGCCAUGAAGGAUUAAUGCUAUCUUGCAGCUUCUUUUGCAAGCUAAACAGAGCAGUUCAAAAAAUAACGUUAUUUGCCUCAAUUCAGGAUACAGCUGGACCAGAAAUAUUUUAAGAGCCAUGCCUGAUCAACCAAUGAGCAAACAAACUUCUUAUUACAGAAAAAUGUGGUUAUUUUUGCAACCUAUACACACUGAAACAGAACAAAUCCUGUCAUGCUUCCUCUCAUCCACACCAUGCCCAGCUCUGUGAGUCAGGCAGAGACACCAGACAAAGCAGAGCAUGGAGCCUGUUGUCUGUGGAGUGGGCUGGAGGAGGUGACCUACCAGCAGCCAGUAAUGUGUCUUUUGCAGUCCUGGAUGUUAAACAUGUGAGGGCCAAAACCAAGGGCUUGAGAGGACGUGUUGACCAGAGUGGGUUCUAAUGGAGGAGUAUGUUGCCUGAAGAAAAGCCCAGGAAGUCUGGAUGGUUUCAGAGUUUAUGCCCCCCACAGGAGCUCACCUUAUUCACCUGUUGGAGGUUCUUGUAGGAUGCAUUGCUGUGAGAGGAAAUGCUGAACAAGUGGCUUAUCCAAAUAUUAACAUGUUUGUUUGCUCCAUAGCUACUUGGUAGGAUUUGUCUCACUUCCUAUGAAUAGAAUUUCUCUAGCAGAGCUGACUUCUGUCAUCAGGUGUCAGAGCAUCCUCUGCAUGUGCCUUUCACCUCCAUCCCAUUUCUAGCAUUUUCAGAUGAAACAGACUUUCCAAUUUAUUAUAAUUGGAUAAUAUUAAGUGAUGAUGCAGCAAAGCAGGGAAGUAAGGGAAUAAUGCUUUUUUUUUCAAUAGGGCAUUUGCUUCAUGGGUAAGAUCCAAAACAUCUCCUUUAGUGACUGCAGUCUGUGAGAUGCUGUUCCAAAUGACUGUGCCUUACAACUUUAUUGAUGUUGCAGUCUGAAACCAAGCAUAUCACAUUUUUUUUCCAGUUUAAACUACUAUGUUAGAUUACAUUUUUUAAAUCAGUUUAUAAAACAGUAAUUACACGAUGAGUUAAUUAAUUGGUUUAUGCUUCCUUUGUGCCAGCCAUCUUAACUUAGAGAAGCAGAAUAAUAGACAAAGUCCUAAAACUUCCUUUUGUCAUGGUGCACCUUGCACAACUUUAUCUUACAAAACAGCCUGGAGCUUGAAGCAAGUUUGCCCAGUUUUGAUAUGACCUUGCAGAAAUCUAUCAAAAAUAAUUUUAAACUAUGUGAUAUGUGAUUUUUAUGCAAAACUAUGGAUGAAGUCAGGAUUUCAUCCAGCAACAGUGCCUGUGUCCUUAAAUAGGCUACUAAAUUUGACUUUUUGCCAGUG